UUGUAAUUGCUAGCCAGCGUCUACCUUCGCUACUGCAGACCCUAAACCCACUCCUUCCCGUCAUCAAUCACUCAUCGCCUGUGAUUCGGCGAUCAAUCUCAUGAUUCAUUCCGACGUCGUAUAACCGUCUUUUCUACAACUCUCAAAGCUUAAUUUCAUUAUCGUGGCGCUUGGAUAGCUUCGAGCUCGAAAUGGGCAGAUUGAGCUGGGCUAGGCUUUCGUCAAAAUCAUUUGUUCAGAGUAUUUUGUCUAGGCAAAGAGUUGUUGCUGAAUCAGCCGUUGAGAAAAGAAAUUUACGCGGCACAGUUCCGGAAUUUCAACGGGCAUUGCUACAGAGUAGAUCUUUGUAUAGUUCCGGUAUUAUUGGCAAGCCAGCAAAUUUUGCAGCUAAUGAAUGCCCAUCAUCCAGACAUUUUAUCCACUCUACAGGAGUUUGUCAUUCUGCGGAAAAGGAUUAUUAUGACCUUUUAGGUGUUUCUAAAGAUGCCAGUCGGGAAGAGAUUAAGAAGGCUUUUCAUGCACUUGCAAAAAAGUACCAUCCUGAUGCCAAUAAGAAUAAUCCUUCUACAAGGAGGAAAUUUCAAGAAAUAAGAGAUGCAUAUGAGACUCUGCAAGAUCCUGACAAGAGAAAACAAUAUGACAUGAUGAAAGAACACAGAAAAACUGAAUAUUCAAAUUUUGAUUAUGGGGGUGCUGAAGGAUUUAGAUAUGAAGCAAACUUCAAUGAUUUUUCUCAUUCUUUCCAGAAAAUUUUUUCUGAGAUAUUUGAAAAUGAGACGGAAACUUUCACAGAUGAUAUUCAGGUGGAACUUUCUCUCUCUUUUUGUGAAGCUGCUAAAGGAUGCACAAAGCAUCUGUCCUUUGAUGCGGAUGUUCCUUGUGACUAUUGUCAUGGGCAGGGUCACCCACUGAAUGCAAAGCCAAGAGUCUGUCCAACAUGUGAAGGCCUUGGGCGAGUUACUAUUCCCCCAUUUACGGCUCUGUGCAGUGGUUGUAAAGGAUCUGGCAGAAUCAUUAAGGAAAUUUGUAGGGAAUGCAAAGGAUCAGGAGCUGUUAGAGGUGUUAAAGAUGUUAAAGUAACCAUACCACCAGGUGUGGAUUCUGGCGAUACUAUCCGUGUACAAAGAGCUGGUCAUGCUGGCAGAAGAGGGAUGCAACCAGGCAACCUGUUUAUAAAGCUAAAGGUUGAUGAGGAUUCUGUUUUUGACAGAGAUGGUGCUGACAUUUAUGUUGAUGCUAAUAUCAGCUUUACACAAGCUAUUCUUGGUGGCAAGGUUGAGGUACCGACUUUAUCUGGGACAACAUCAGUGAAGAUACCAAAGGGUGUUCAGCCUGGUCAACUUCUGGUACUCAGAGGCAAAGGCUUGCCAAGGAGUGGCUUUGUUGUAAAACAUGGAGAUCAGUAUGUGAGAUUCCGCAUAAGAUUUCCAACAGAAUUAAAUGAUAAACAACGAGCAAUACUUGAAGAAUUUGCCAAGGAGGAAAUUGAUAAUGGAGAUAACAUGUAUUCACAAGGAAAUUGGUGGAAUCAUGUGGUUGAACACAUCAUUACUCCCAAGUUUGCAGUCGAGCUCUCCCUUCUCAUCUUAAUUCUCCUGCUGCUAAACAAAAUCCUAUUCUGAAGACCGACGCCGAUUGCAAAAGAUAGAAUCACGACUAGAAGACAGACAACCUGUGAUGGCAAGGUGGUAACUCAUCAACAUCAUCUCGAUCAUAUUUGACUUUGGCAGUCUUUUAUCCGGGGAUUGGCUGCAACUAGAAUUUUGUGGUGUCAUCUUCUUCCGCACAGUUCAAGCUCUAAAAGUUUACUGACCCUGCCAUUUGGUGGUGAAAGAGUUUUGACUUUUUAUAUACGCGUAUUAGAUAAAAAGAUUAUUAAUUGAGGUACAGAUUAUUGUUUUUGGUGGCCAAUGUAAACACUACACUUGAUGGUGAAGAUUUGACAUAUAACAUGACAAGUUAGUUGUAGACUGUGACUAUUGGAAUUAUUACAAUGAAAAUUAAAGAGGCGUGUAGCUUCAUCCUUGAUGAUUGUUUGAA